GAUUUCACCUUUUCUUUUUUUUUUUUUUUAAAUUUUAUCUCAAUUUAGAAGGGCUUUUUUUUCUUUUUAAAAUUCCAAGUUAAGGAUCGUCCAUUUUGUGAAAGAGAUAUAUAUUGGACAAAUGUCGACUGCAGAAGCAGCAGCAGCCACUCUUGGCCCGCGGUAUGCGCCUGAUGAUCCUACUCUUCCGAAACCUUGGAAGGGGCUGAUUGAUGGAAGCACUGGCCUUCUGUAUUAUUGGAAUCCUGAAACCAAUAUCACCCAGUAUGAAAGGCCUGCCGUUUUGCCUCCACCCUUGCCACCUGGUCCACCGCCUGCAGUUUCCACACCUAAUCUAGCUCCAAUCCCAGUUGCCCACUCAGUGCAACCUAACGGUGUGGUGGCACAGAUGGGCCAAAAGCAAGUUGCCCAGGGCUCACAACAGCAGGGGCAACAAGGGAGCCAGUUAACUCUACAGCAAGGACAAGUAAUGGGACAGCAGCAGGGUUCAAUGUUAGUGCAGGUUUCUGACCAGCAGGGCUCACAACAAUCAGGUCCGCAAAUGGGACAGCCUGGGCAGUUUAUUCCACAGCAAAAUAGGCCACAGAUGAUGCAGCAUCCAAACCAGCAAAUGAUGUCUCAAAUGGGGCAGCAAAUGUCUCAACAGCCCAGUCAGCAUACGCCACAGCCACAAGGCCUGCAGCCAGGGCAGCUGAUGCCCCAACAGACCAUUCAUCAGAUUCCUCAGCAGCUAGGGCAGCAGACAAUGCAACAUCAAAACUCACAAAUGGCACAACCCCAAGGACAUGAAUAUGCACAUCAUCAUUUGCAGUAUAUGGCAUAUCAACAAGAUGUGUUUCCACAGGGGCAACAAAGUUCUCAGCAGCCGGCUUCACAUGGUGCACAGUACCAGGGUCAGCAUUAUCCAAAUCAAGAAGAUUAUAGGGCAGCAGUUCCCAAAAGGGAGGAUGUUGAUUUUCAACUAGGGAACCAAACUGGGUUUUCUCCUUCCCAGUUUCAACAGAUGGGCACGUCUUCUUCUCAGAACCACUCUGCUGGAACUAAUUCAGUUCAGAUGCCCCAAACAGGUUUAUAUUUGGGUCAAGCGCAGCAGUUUACUGGCUCUUCUGUCAAUAUGCAACAGCCAACUUCUGUGGCAAAUUCACAACAAACUGGAACAGAUGUGGUACACCAGCAGCAGGUUCAUAGGUUUCAGAAUCAGAUGGGCCCAUCCAUUAUGCAGUCUAAUAUGCAUCCUCCAGGUUUAAACACCGGUUAUGAAGAUAAUCUACAUGGCAGGCCUAGAAACAGUUACUUCUUUAAUGGUAGAAAAGAUGGGCCAAUGAUGGAUCCACAACAGCGCUCACUUUCAGCUAUACCCAUGGAUACGAGGGUGGGUGGCCUGCCACCUCAAAUUGUCAUACCUGGUCAUGGUGGGGGAUUCAAUGUUAUAGGAGGUCAUGCAAUGCAUAACAUGUAUGGUCAUACUGGUCCACCUUAUCCAAACAAUGCCUUGAUGAGGCCUCCGUUUGUUGCCUCCGCAGAUACUGCUAAUCUGUCUCCAGCUGAAGCAUAUCGCAAACAACAUGAAGUCACGGCAACGAUUCAUUCUGCUGGUUUCUCAUCUCCCACUCCAAUACAAGCACAAACAUGGCCCAUUGCACUGCAAAGUCGGGACAUAGUGGCAAUUGCUAAAACUGGUUCUGGUAAAACGUUGGGCUACUUGCUUCCCGCCUUUAUUCUUUUGAGGCAACGCCAUAACAACCCUCAGAAUGGCCCAACAGUGUUGGUUUUAGCACCAACCCGGGAGCUUGCUACACAAAUACAAGAAGAGGCCAUCAAAUUUGGCCGAUCUUCAAGAGUCUCUUGCACGUGUUUGUAUGGUGGAGCUCCAAAGGCUAAUCAAUUGAAAGAGUUAGAUCGAGGAGCUGAUAUUGUAGUGGCAACUCCUGGUCGGCUAAACGACAUCCUUGAAAUGAAGAAGAUUGAGUUUGGGCAGGUGUCACUCCUCAUUCUUGAUGAGGCAGAUCGAAUGCUUGAUAUGGGUUUUGAGCCCCAGAUCCACAAGAUUGUUAAUGAGAUACCUCCUCGCAGACAAACUCUGAUGUACACAGCAACCUGGCCCAAAGAAGUUAGAAAGAUAGCAAGUGACCUCCUUGUCAAUCCUGUCCAGGUGAACAUUGGCAGUGUUGACGAGCUUGCUGCCAAUAAGGCUAUCACCCAGUAUGUUGAGGUUGUCCCCCAGAUGGAGAAGGAUAGGCGCCUGGAGCAGAUUCUCCAAGCUCAAGAACGUGGUUCAAAGGUUAUUAUUUUUUGCUCCACUAAGAGGUUGUGUGACCAGCUCGCUCGUAGUCUUGGACGCAACUUUGGAGCUGUUGCAUUCCAUGGAGAUAAAUCUCAGAAUGAAAGGGACUGGGUUUUGAGUCAGUUCCGAACUGGGAAAUCCCCAAUAUUAGUUGCUACUGAUGUUGCUGCCCGCGGGCUUGACAUCAAAGAUAUAAGGGUGGUUAUCAAUUAUGAUUUCCCUACUGGCAUUGAGGAUUAUGUUCACCGAAUUGGAAGAACUGGGAGAGCUGGUGCAACUGGUGUGUCAUUCACCUUUUUCUCUGAGCAGGACUGGAAGUAUGCCCCUGACUUGAUUCAAGUUCUGGAGAGAGCUAACCAGAAUGUGCCCCCUGAGGUGCGAGAGAUAGCUUCUCGUGGUGGGCCUGGUUUUGGGAAGGAUCGAGGUGGAAUGAGUAGAUUUAGUUCUCCUAGUGGUAGUGGUGGGCGGUGGGAUUCUGGAGGCCGUGGUGGUAUGAGGGAUGGUGGCUUCUCUGGCCGUGGUGGAAUGAGGGAUGGUGGCUUUGGUGGACGUGGUGUCAGAGGUGGUGGUUUUGGCGGGCGUGGCGGUAUGAGGGAUGGUGGCUUCAGUGGUCCUGGAGGAAGGGGUGACCCAUUUUCUGGACGUGGAAACAGAGGACGUGGAUUUGGUGGCCCUGGUGGUGGCCAUGCUGGUUGGGGCAGAAAUGAGAGAAGCUUGCAUGAUCGUUUUAAUAGUUUUGAUGGGCGAGGACGUGGUCGUGGACAGGGACGAUUUGAUAAUAGAAGAGGCUUUGCUGAUAGGAGUAGGGGCAGAAGUUAUAGCCGAAGUCCUGACAGGGUUCGAGCACGGCGUUAUAGUAGAAGCCGCAGCCGCAGUCGGAGCUGGAGUCGAAGCCAAAGCAGGAGCUUGUCACGUGGUCGUAGUCGCAGCUACAGCCGUAGCCCUGGCAGUAGCUACAGCCGUAGCCCUGGCCGCAGCCGAAGCCGAAGCCAUAGCCGUGGUCACAGUCAAAGCCGUAGCCACAGCUAUGAUAGACAUAAGAAGCCAAACGAGCAGAACUAUGACCAGAAGGAUGAUGCAAAGCUGGCAUUUGAUUCUCCUCCUGUUUCCCGAAUGUCUCCAGGCACACAAGGCAAUUCAUUGCCUGAAAAUAAUUCCGUAAAACCAUUACAAGCAGUUGAAAGUUCUGAGCUACUUCGUGGAGAUGUCGGUGCUGACCAAGUUCAUCAGUCAGUGAUCGAGCCCUAAGUUACGUCUUUGCUGGUUGGCAAUUAGCAUCCAGUUUUGGUUGAUUCUCUAUUUGGAACCCAACUUGUGUUGGUGCCAGCUUCCUAUAGUAUGAUGAUGCGGAUAAUGAGUUAAGGUCUGGUUUAGAAUGGCGAAAAUCAUAAUCAGACCAGCUGAUAUGACAAGCUGCUGCUUUUUGGAAUUUCUGUUUUAGGAUCACCAACAAUAAUUGUUUUGGUAUCCAAGUGUACCAUUACAAACUACCUACAUUCCCUUGAAGACUUUUGCUGCGAUUCAUCUAGUUUUUGGUUAAUGAUGUCUUAUGUGAUUAAACUAAAAAUUUAUAUAAUUGCAUCCUGAAGUUGUUAUAUUUCUGAAGAAAUACUUUGAAAUUUGUUGUUAUUGCUCAUAUAAACUAAAAAGUGUCAUCUAAGUAAUUCUGAAACCUUACUCUUCUGCAUUCUUUAGUUUUUAUGUAUUAUGAAAUGU